GUCAGCAUUGUUUUCGCUCUCGCAGUCUUACACGAAACGCGUCAAAGUGAACGUGGAACACGGUCGCGCGUGCACCCACUGCUCCGUUGUUGUCCGUCGCGUUUUGUUGUGUCGGUCGUGAUUCUAUUGAGUGAGAAAGAGAUAGAGAGAAGGGCGAAAGUGUGUAGCAAAACAAUGGAAAUCCUUCCAGCGCGUUUAGCGUGACACGGCCCGUGACAACAUCAUUCUACACGCACACACACGUACACAGGCGUCCGUUUUAGGACGUUCUUUAUUGUUCUGGUGUGCAGUCUCCAGUGCGGUGAACUGCUUUGUGCGGUCAUGAAAGGUGGUCGUUGUUGUGUGGAUUGUGUCAAUCUUCACUGAUGUGUUAGUGGUGGUCGUCUCUAUUGUGUUUGAUGAAGGAAAGCUGAAGCUCGGCUUGUGUUUCCUCCCUUGACGGUGCGCUCCAGCCAAUGCAGCUCGGUGCAUCCGUGCAUGCGCGCUGUCCUGGGUUGUGUGUGAGUGCCGGUGAAUGUGUGUGUGUGUGUGCAAUUGCGUGCUGUUUGCAAGUUGCCGUUUCCGUCUACAUGCCGGUGCUAUUUAUUUAUAUUAAUAGAUUUAUCGAUGAUACGCAGUGCAUAAUUUAAUUGCAACGUCUUGUCCAGUGCGUGUGCGUGCGAGCUCUAAAGUGCAUCGAUGCGUGUGAUGCAGUUCGGGAGUUGGCGAUGCGUUUGAUCUAGCCCAGUGAAGACAUUCGGUCAAUCGUGCGUUCCUGGGUUUCCUGCCAGCUUCCGCCAGUUUUCCUUCCUUCCAGCCAACCCGUUCUGGAUGAAGCGAAGGCGUUCCGGGAUCACCGGGGAAAAGCGGACGCACUCACUGUGCGUAUGUGUGGUGUGCUCGGUGUGUAUGUGCGCGCGCGUCAGCACGAAUGCUAUUUCUGGUACCGCGAAUGAAUAAUUGCCGGCAAUUUACGCCUCGUCUUCACAGUCGGCAGUCGUGCGCAACGUCUUCUUCAGCUGCAGGAGUUUGUGUGGAGUUUGGGGGGAAAGAAAGCAGAGCGGGGAAAUUUGUGAUCCGUCCCGACUAGUGUCCCAGGGACGUGUGUGCGUGUGUGCAUGUGGCUCCUUCGAGCGAGAUUUAAUUGUCGAAGCACAAAUUAAGCAUUAAACGGUGGCGUGUCGGUGACUCUGCCUGAGAGAUAGAGAGAAGAGGUCAUCAUCAUCGGCAUCAUCAGCAGAAGAAGAUUCUUUGUGGUGUGCCUCUUCUUCUUCGUCAUUCGUCGCCAGAAGGCGCUACACGGACAUCGUGAGCUGUCGAAUAAAUUUGCUCAUUAUACACCCAACCACCCAACCCAGCUCAACCCGCCCGGAACUGUUUUUCUAGUCAUCAACGAGCAGAAGCGGCAAAUCGACUUCUAUUUUGUCUAGUCUUGGGUGGCGAAAAAUCGGCCACUUACAACACGCCUAACCGAUGUACUGAAGCUGUAACAUAUUGCAUUUACCGUGGAUCGACUCAACAAAACGCACACAACGUAUCAACCGCGCACUUCCAAGCAUCAAACGCCUACCGAUCGGUCACCAUAGUCAAGUUCCUGCCAGCACACAAGGCCUAACCGCAUUUAUUCCUCGUAAAAUUGCAUACAUACCAUUGGUCGACGGACGCAAACGGAAGACCGCCAGCGAAGGGAAAAAAGGUUUUUUUUGAGAGAAAAAAGGAGAAAACAAUAACGCAGACCACCAUUCAAUUCCUAUACCUCUCUGGUGAUCGUAUCCGGCAGCUGUCGAUAGUGAGUCAGUGUCGUCUAUUCGGAGGAGACUGGUGGAAAACCCUUAAUGAAGGCAUCCUCUGGCGGUGAAGCUAUUCGAUUCGACACGCAAAUAGACGGCCGACCAGAAGCGUCCUGAGCGAGAAAGCCGGCACACAGCUGGAAUAACGACAAUCGGGUGUUCAAACUACAAAAAAAAGGAUGAUCCUUCGGCGAAGACAACCUUCAUAACUCGAAAAAGCAAUUAGGGUGCACCAUUCACAAAAAAGAGAAGAAGCGUCGUGUAGAAUUCGUCAGGCAUUUAUAGUCGACGCGCGAAGACUUGCCCUACUGUGAUAGCCCUCUACCCAAGGUUCCUGGCAGACGUUCGAUCCUGCAGCAGCAAACACAACCAUUGAAAAUCGAAGAAGACCGGACCGGAGAAGGUCACCUGUUACACGAGUCGCCAAGCUAUACCAAGUCUCGGUGUAACCGAAUGCAAAUUCGCUGUUACGCCUUGGGCGGACAUUUUGUACAUGUGCAAAACACGCUAGUGAAGGGAAGCGUGCAGAAGCGUGUUCGGUGCAACAUAUCAUACGAAACAAAUCGUCAUUGACCCGUAGCAGAAGUCGCACGGGUCGACAAAAUCUUCAGUUAAGCUGCACAAAAGGUGCUGCAGAUUCAGACAAUCUCUCCAAGAUACAUAACCGAAUCCACAAUGCAUUACGGCGGCAAGAUGCGCUGGACGACGCACGGGAUGGUUCGAUGGAUCACGCUGGUGGUGGUAGCGUUCAUGUUACCGCUAACGAACGCACAAUAUCGCUCGCCGCGAAUAAUAGAAAACCCAAGCGACACAAUCGUCCCCAAGAGUGAUCCCGUCACGCUCAACUGCAAGGCGGAAGGUAAACCACAGCCCGUCAUCCAGUGGUACAAGGACGGCGAGGAGGUAAAGCUGGACGCCAACCAUGUCCUGCUGCCGGCCGGCUCCCUAUUCUUCCUGCGCACCGUCCACAGCAAAAAGGAGCAGGACGAUGGUGUGUACUGGUGUGUGGCCAGCAAUCCGGCCGGUAAGGUGUACAGCCGCAACGCAACACUGCAGGUGGCAACACUGCGAGACGAUUUCCGCGUCGAGCCAAAAAAUACACGCGUUGCGGCGGGUGAGACGGCCCUGCUGGAAUGCAGUCCACCCCGUGGCAAUCCGGAACCGAACGUUAGCUGGAAAAAGAACGACGGCUUUCUGGAGCUGGACGAUUAUCGACCAUCGAAGGAGCUGGCCCGGAUACGGAUCGUUGACAGUGGAAACCUUCUGAUCAGCGAUGUUCGGCCGACGGACGAGGGGCGUUACCAGUGCAUCGCCCAGAACAUGGUUGGCUCGAGGGAAAGUGGACUCGCCAAAUUAACCGUCCAGGUGAAACCGUACUUUGUGGCCGAACCGGAUGAUGCGACCGUGCUCGAGGGCCAUCGCGUACAGUUCCAGUGUGCGGUCGGUGGCGAUCCGGCACCGCAGAUACUGUGGACGAAACAGAACGGUGACAUUCCGGUCGGGCGGGCAGAAAUCUCGGAGGAGGACCGCAGUCUUAUUAUUCGCAAUGUGACCGCGGAUGACCACGGGCAGUACAUCUGUGAGGCGCGGAACUCGGUCGGUGUGAUCAGUGCCCGGGCGAGUCUAGUCGUUAACACACCACCAGUGUUCAUUGUGCGACCGCAAGAUCAAAAAGUCACCGUGAACGGUGUGGUGACGUUCAAAUGUUCCGCCGGUGGAAGUCCACUGCCGUCCGUGUUUUGGACGCGCGAAGGCUCCCAAACACUGAUGUUCCCCAACAACAGCUACGGCAAUAUGCACGUGUCUGGGCAGGGUUCGCUCCAGAUUCGUGGGGUGCAGCGUGAGGACGACGGGUACUUCGUCUGUUCGGCACUCAGCGUGGCGGGAUCCGUAACGAGUCGGGUGUAUCUGCAGGUGACUUCUCCGAUUGACAGUAUUCCACCGCCACUGCUGCUACAGGUACCGUCGAACCAAAGUCUCCCGAGCGGUACGAAGGCUACGCUGCCCUGCCGUAGCUCGUCGUUCGGCGGUUCGUUGUACGAUCCACCAUCGUCAGCGCCCCGGUGGCAACGGGACGGCACCAAUCUUCUCACCGGGGCCGGAAAACGCUUCAAAAUUCUUUCCGGCGGAUCACUAAGGAUUGACGACCUUCAAACCGAGGACAGCGGUUGGUACCGCUGCUCCGUGAAGCUGGACGAUCAUGAGUAUUCCUGGUCAGCGUAUCUGAGUGUCGAUAGCAAUCUCCCGCCGCAAUCGCAGCAGAUAUUCAAUCCCGAACUGUUGCCGUCCGCUCCGGGCCAACCGAAGGCAGCGAACAUAACCAACACAAACGUCACGCUCAUAUGGGCCCGUGGGCAGGACAAGCUGCGAACGAACGCGAUCGCCAGCUACACGAUCGAGUAUCACAGCACGGACGAUCGGGAGAUGGAUACGGGCUGGAGGGUGGCGAUGCGGCAGAUCGCGGGCAAUACGGCCACGGUGACGGGUCUGUCACCGGAAACCGGAUACAUCUUCUCGGUGCGUGCCGAAAAUGGUAUGGGCUUCUCGGCCCCGUCGCCCCUCUCGACACUGAUCCGCACGCUCUCGUCGGACGAUCGUGUCACCAUACCGGAGGAGAUGGAGACGGCACGGAUGGUGCUGAGCGGCAAGAUCCUGGAGCUGAUCGAUAUCAUAGCGCUCACGUCAACAUCUGUACGGCUCGAGUGGCAGCUGCAGAUCGGUGGUUCGGAAGAGUACAUCGAAGGGUUCUACGUGCGCUAUCGCGAUCUGGACAGUGAUGUGCAGCGGUACAGCAUGCUACCGAUCCCGAACAGCGAAACGGAGAGCCACAUCAUAACGAACCUCAACAAGUACACCCGGUACGAGUUCUUCCUGACGCCGUACUUUAAGAAUCUCGAGGGCCAACCGAGCAAUGCGCGCAUAGUGCGCACGCUGGAGGACAUGCCGACGGGACCACCGACGAACAUACAGGCCGGUAUGCUAAACCUGACCGCGGGCUGGGUACGGUGGAGUCCACCGUUGCGCGACCAUCAGCACGGUGCGGUGGUGGGGUACAAAAUCCAGGUAAAGUCGGGCAACAACGCCUCGAAGCUGUUGGCCCAGAUGACGCUUAACUCGACGACCACCUCGGUCAUGCUGAACAACCUGACCACCGGCUCGAGCUACACGAUUCGCGUGGCCAUGUUUAACCGGCUCGGCAUGGGCCCGUUCUCCAAACCGCUGUACCUGGUGAUGGAUCCCUCGUUCGUGAUCGUACCGCAGGGCGUACACAACAACCACAACCAUCUGUUCGGCGACUAUGACGAACGGCGCCAUCCGCAGCAUCAGCCGCACGCGAACAGUUUCCUGCACGAAACGUGGUUUAUGAUGCUGGUGGUAUUUUCGCUGCUGGUCGUACUGAUCGUAACGAUCGCGGGCGGUGUGGUGCUGUUCCGCCGACGCCAGAGCCUGGGCAAACCGGUUGUCACCGUGCCGACGCUCGGCGCACACCGGGGCGACAUAGCGAACCUGAGCAUGUCGCGCAAAGAUGGCGGCAUUUGGAUCGAUCGUGGCUGGCGGACGUGUGAUACGGAUAAAGAUUCCGGACUCAGCUCGAUCAAGCUGCUGGAGGGUAGCCAAACGCACCACACGUAUCCAUUACCGGACGGGGGCACAGACUACGCCGAGGUUGAUCCUCGCGGACUGACGUCAUUCUACAAUCGAAAGUCACCCGAAAGUCCUACCCCGUACGCCACAACCAUGAUCAUCAAUGGCAUUCCGCGGAGCGAUAAUGGUGAUCUAGGGUACCAAGGUCACGAUACUUUCUCGUCCACGUCGUCCAGCUUCCGAUCGUUCUACGGCUAUCCGCGACCGAUCAAUCCAAACAAUGUUCCUCCCAACUGGGUCGACUAUCUGCCGCCACCGCCGGAGCAUCCACCACCGAUCCCGCAACCGCUGGACAUCAAUCACCAUCUCAAUCACGUCUAUCCGUCCGAGCUGGUCGGCACGAUGAACAGUUCGCAAACGUCCAGCUACUGCUCCCGCCGGACGAGCGGGUACAAGUGAGGGCUGGAACCGCGCUUUGGUUGGUAGGCGGUCAACAUACCACCAGCACCAUCAAAAAUACACACACAGAGCAAGAACGAACUAACAGACGAAACUCACGAAAUCACCAACGCCACACAUUCACACACACACGCCUCGGGCGUUCCUACCGUCGUUAUCAUUGGCGGUAGCAGUGUCCUUGCGGUAGUGUGCUCACGCCAAAUCUUGGUGGCCCUUCUUACAGUGGUCGCAGUGUAACAUUGGUACACCCGGAAGCGGUUCAAACGAUGAGCUAGAGACGGUUUGUAGCAGGUUUGUGUUCGACGAACGGUACUCGCUUUCAGGUGUGUCAAAGCUGCGUCCCAGCGGCCAACGAUAAAAGAUCCUCAACGGAUUAUCGUGCAAAGUAGAACUUGUCCGGAUUAUGGACUGGCCGUCUGUUGGUCAGAAGCGGAUCGACCACAGCAGUAAAGCUGUGGAAAAGAAAAGGGAGUGUGUUUCCAAACUGACGAAGUAGCUGUCAGAUACACAUCAAAAGCUAUGUAGAGCUUUGGGCAUGCUGUGCUGCCUCAUCAUCCGCUGUGUGCAGCCCUGCAAUGCUAUGGCUGGUCAGAAUCGGCCAAAAGUUUAACGUUUAUCACAACCCGGCGUAAGUUUUUCGCCCUUAGUAGGAACUCCGGGCGGAAACGUCAUCGUAGAUUCAGAGAUGGUAGUGAUGAAUACAAGCUAUAUUUUUUCUAUGAAAAAACAGUACACAGAAUGA